CGUCGUUCCCCUCCCCUCCUCCCAACUCCAUCUCCCCCCCCCCCCCCACCCCGCAGCCACUUUGCGCGCAGCGAGUUAGCGAGCUGCCGGCGCCUUCUUGCUCAGGAAACUGCUGUGGACGUCCUCGGUCCGGCUCCUGCCGUGGACUUUCCCCCCCACCCCACUUCCUCCGUCUCGAACAAAUCCAGCGCAGGCUUGUUCUUUUUACCCGUUAAGGGCGAGGGAGGUGGUGGUGGUGGUGGAAGGCAGCCAUGUGCUACCGGGUUUCCUUCGGCGGCCGCUUCUCGUUGCGGCGUUGAGCCGAACGACCGCGUGGAACAAAAGCCUCCGUUCGCGUCUGAAUGAACAUACUGCGGGCCACUUGGCCGGAGGGAGAGAGAAGAAGAGGGCAAAGCUAAGGAGAAGGGGGAGACCGCGGGAUGGCAGCAGGAGAAGAAAGGGCGUGAGACCUCCAGCCCCCUUCGCCACUCCAGAAGCCAGCAUCGUCCUUUUGCCACCCAUGCUUGAAGCCGCCUUUCCCUUGACUCGACUCUUUUGGAGUUGGUGCAGCCAUGAGUAACUUCUUCACAGAGGGAGUACGAGUUUGGUUGCGAGAAAAUGGCCAACAUAAUCCAAGCACUGUACUUUCCUGUGCAGAAGGAGUUGUUGUAUUCAGGACUGAUUAUGGACAGGUAUAUACAUACAAACAGAGAUCACUUACACACCAAAAAGUUACACCUAUGCUGCCUACAAGCACAGAUGGUCUGGAAGAUAUGGCAGCGCUGAUAGAUCUCCAUGAGGGUGCAAUCAUGUAUAAUUUAUUCCAGCGAUAUCAACAAGACAAAAUCUAUACUUACAUUGGUUCCAUUGUUGCCUCAGUUAACCCCUAUAAGACUAUCCCAGGUCUUUAUGAUCAGAGCACAAUAGAACACUACAGCCGUCAUCACCUGGGAGAGAUUUCACCUCAUAUUUUUGCUAUUGCUAAUGAAUGCUAUCGCUGCCUAUGGAAACGUCAUGACAACCAGUGUGUUCUCAUCAGUGGUGAAAGUGGUGCCGGUAAAACGGAGAGCACUAAGUUGAUUCUCAAGUUUUUGUCUGCCGUAAGCCAACAUUCUCUGGAACUCUCUUGUAUGGAGAAAAUAGCUAGUGUUGAACAAGCAAUUUUGGAGAGCAGCCCAAUUAUGGAAGCAUUUGGCAAUGCAAAGACUGUUUACAACAACAACUCUAGUCGCUUUGGGAAAUUUGUUCAGCUGAACUUCUGUCAGGAAGGCAAUAUUCAGGGAGGAAAAAUUGUAGACUAUUUAUUAGAAAAGAAUCGAGUAGUAAGGCAAAAUCCAGGAGAGAGAAAUUAUCACAUAUUCUAUGCCCUGCUGGCAGGGAUUGAGGGAGAAAAGAAAGAUGCAUUUUACCUAUCUGCACCUGAGAACUAUCACUACCUGAACCAGUCUGGAUGUGUAGCAGACAAGACAAUCAAUGAUGCAGAAGCAUUCAAAGAAGUCAUUACGGCAAUGGAAGUGAUGCAGUUCACCACUGAGGAGGUACGAGAUGUUCUUAGGCUCCUUGCUGGCAUUUUGCAUCUUGGCAAUAUUGAAUUUAUUACAGCUGGUGGAGCACAGGUGUCCUUCAAAACAGCUCUGAAUAGAUCUGCAGAGUUACUUGGGCUGGACUCAACACAGUUAACUGAAGCAUUGACACAGAGAUCAAUGAUACUCAGGGGAGAAGAAAUUCUAACACCUCUUAAUAUACAGCAGGCUAUAGAUAGCCGAGAUUCAGCAGCUAUGGCACUUUACUCCCAGUGCUUUGCCUGGGUUAUUAAAAAAAUCAACAGCAGAAUCAAAGGCAAGGACGACUUCAAGUCCAUUGGCAUUUUAGACAUUUUUGGAUUUGAAAAUUUUGAGGUUAAUCGUUUUGAACAAUUCAGUAUUAACUAUGCAAAUGAAAAACUUCAGGAAUAUUUCAACAAGCACAUUUUUUCAUUAGAGCAAUUAGAAUAUAGUAGAGAAGGCCUCCAGUGGGAAGACAUUGACUGGACAGAUAAUGGGGAAUGCUUGGAUCUUAUUGAAAAGAAACUUGGUUUGUUGGCUCUGAUCAAUGAGGAGAGCCACUUUCCUCAAGCUACUGAUAAAACCCUAUUGGCAAAGUUACACAUUCAGCAUGCAAACAAUCCUUUUUAUGUGAAACCAAGAGUUGCUGUCCACAACUUUGGAGUGAAACACUAUGCUGGGGAGGUUCAGUAUGAUGUAAGAGGAAUUUUGGAGAAAAACAGAGACACUUUUAGGGAUGAUCUUCUGAACUUAUUGCGAGAAAGCAGCCUUGAUUUCAUAUAUGACCUAUUUGAGCAUGUUUCAAGCCGCAGCGGUCAAGAUACUUUGAAGUGUGGGAGCAAGCAUCGGAAGCCCACAGUCAGCUUACAAUUUAAGGAUUCGCUGCAUUCCUUAAUGGCAACAUUAAGCACAUCUAACCCUUUCUUUGUUCGCUGUAUCAAGCCAAAUAUGCAAAAGAUGCCUGACCAGUUUGAUCAGAAUGUGGUUUUGAACCAGUUGUGCUACUCCGGUAUGCUCGAAACAGUACGGAUACGAAGAGCAGGUUUUCCUGUGCGGAGGCCAUUUCAGGAUUUUCACAAAAGAUACGAAGUCCUGAUGAGGAAUUUGACUCUCCCUGAGGAUUUAAAAGGAAAGUGUGCUGCCCUCCUCUAUCUAUAUGAUAGUACAAAAACUGAAUGGCAACUUGGGAAAUCUAAGGUAUUUCUGCGUGAAACUUUGGAACACAUGUUAGAAAAACAGCGAGAAAUAGAGGUUGGCAAAGCAGCCAUGAUCAUCCGAGCACAUGUCUUAGGCUACAUGGCACGAAAACACUACAAAAAAGUCCUUUACUACAUAGUUAUCAUACAGAAAAAUUACAGAGCUUUUUACUUAAGGAGGAGAUACCUAUUGCUGAAGAAAGCUGCCAUCACCUUCCAGAAGCAGAUGCGAGGGCUGAUUGCCCGCCGAUUUUAUAGACAGCUGUUGGAGGAAAAGAAACAGCAAGAGGAGGAAAAAAGGCAAAGGGAAGAGGAGGAAAGAAAGCAACAAAAGAUGGAAGCAGAACGUCUUGCUCAGCAGGCUAAAGAAGCACUUGCAGCUAUUCCAAAACCCCCAAAAGAACUAAAGCAAGAGCUAGAGAGGCAAAAAGAAAACAAGCAGGUGGAGGAGAUCCUACGCCUGGAAAAAGAAAUUGAAGACCUGCAGCGUAUGAAGGAGCAGCAAGAACUGACGUUGACAGAAGCAUCACUGCAGAGGCUGCAGCAGCUCCGAGAUGAUGAGUUGAAACGCUUGGAAGAUGAAGCCUGUCGUGCCGCACAGGAGUUCCUGGAGUCUCUGAACUUCGAUGAGAUCGAUGAAUGUGUCCGAAACAUUGAAAGAACCCUCUCCGUAAGCAGCAGUUUCUGUGCAGAGCUUAGUGGCACCACAGGCACUGAAAAACCCAAUUUUAAUUUCAGCCAGCCAUAUCCUGAGGAGGAAGUUGAUGAGGGCUUUGAAGCAGAUGAUGAUGCUUUCAAGGAUUCACCUAACCCAAGUGAGCAUGGCCACUCGGAUCAAAGGACCAGCGGCAUUCGGACAAGCGAUGACUCUUCAGAAGAGGAUCCAUAUAUGAAUGACACAGUCGUUCCAGCUAGUCCCGCUACGGGCAACAAUACCCUUAUCCCUUCUAUCCUUGACUCUCUUAGUCUCCACAACUCUUCAAGCGGGGAAUCCACAUACUGCAUGCCAGAAAAUGUUUCCCACCAACCCCCUAAUGCUUCAGAGCUCAUCUCUCCUGAGGCAGACUAUGAUUAUGACCAGGAUGACUAUGAGGAUGGUGCUAUCACUUCUGGAAGCAGUGUGACCUUUUCUAAUUCUCACAGUAGCCAGUGGUCUCCUGACUAUCGCUGUUCCAUAGGGACAUACAACAGUUCUGGAGCAUACAGAUUUAGUUCUGAGGGAGCUCAGUCUUCUUUUGAAGACAGUGAAGAAGACUUUGACUCACGGUUUGAUACAGAUGAUGAACUUUCAUAUCGGAGGGAUUCUGUCUAUAGCUGUGUCAGUCUACCCUAUUUUCAUAGCUUUUUGUAUAUGAAAGGUGGCUUAAUUAAUACUUGGAAGCGUCGUUGGUGUGUCUUGAAAGAUGAAACCUUCUUAUGGUUCCGCUCAAAACAGGAAGCUCUUAAACAAGGUUGGCUGCAUAAAAAAGGUGGGGGUUCAUCUACACUGUCGAGAAGAAACUGGAAGAAAAGGUGGUUUGUCCUUCGACAGUCCAGACUCAUGUACUUUGAAAAUGAUGGUGAAGAAAAACUCAAAGGAACACUUGAAAUACGAUCAGCCAAAGAUAUCAUUGAUAAUACAUGCAAAGAAAAUGGGAUUGAUAUUGUCAUGACAGAUAGGACGUAUCACUUGAUUGCUGAAUCACCAGAGGACGCAAGUCAAUGGUUCAGUGUCCUGAGCCAAGUUCUCACUUCCACAGAACAGGAAAUCAGAGAAAUGCACGACGAGCAAGCCAAUCCCCAGAAUGCCAUGGGCACACUAGAUGUAGGGCUGAUUGAUUCAGUCUGUGCAUCGGAUAGUCCAGAUCGACCCAAUUCAUUUGUAAUCAUCACUGCUAAUCGUGUUCUACACUGCAACGCCGAUACACCAGAGGAGAUGCAUCAUUGGAUCACUCUGCUACAGCGAUCCAAAGGGGACACUCGAGUAGAAGGUCAAGAAUUCAUAGUGAGAGGAUGGUUACAUAAAGAAGUAAAGAACAGUCCAAAAAUGUCAUCACUGAAACUGAAGAAACGUUGGUUUGUUCUGACACACAAUUCCUUGGAUUAUUAUAAGAGCUCAGAGAAGAACGCCCUCAAGUUGGGCACCCUGGUGCUGAACAGCCUUUGCUCCGCUGUGCCCCCUGAUGAGAAAAUCUUUAAAGAAACAGGGUAUUGGAAUGUAACUGUGUAUGGACGCAAGCACUGUUACCGCCUUUACACCAAAUUACUGAAUGAAGCCACUCGCUGGUCAAGUGCAAUCCAAAAUGUGAUCGACACAAAAGCAGCAAUCGAUACUCCCACACAGCAGCUCAUUCAAGACAUCAAGGAGAAUUGCCUGAACCCUGAAGUUGUUGAACAGAUCUAUAAGAGGAACCCAAUUCUUCGUUACACGCAGCAUCCGUUGCAUUCCCCACUAUUACCCCUUCCUUAUGGAGACAUCAAUCUGAACAUACUAAGAGACAAAGGCUACACAACUCUGCAGGACGAAGCUAUCAAAAUAUUUAAUUCUCUGCAGCAACUGGAGUCUGUACCAGAUCCCAUUCCCAUUAUUCAGGGUAUUCUCCAGACAGGACAUGAUUUACGGCCCCUGCGUGAUGAAUUAUACUGUCAGCUCAUCAAGCAGACCUGCAAAGUGCCUAACAAAGGGAGCCUUGGCAAUCUAUAUAGCUGGCAGAUCCUCACUUGCAUGAGCUGCAUGUUUUUGCCAAGCCGUAGUAUUCUCAAAUACUUGAAAUUCCAUCUUAAAAGAAUCCAUGAUCAAUUCCCAGGCACAGAAAUGGCAAAAUAUGCCUUGUUUAUUUAUGAAUCCCUUAAAAAAACCAAAGGCAGAGAAUUUGUGCCAUCCAGGGAUGAAAUUGAAACUUUGAUCAACAGACAGGAAAUGACAUCUACCGUCUACUGUCAUGGAGGAGGUUCCUGUAAAAUCACAAUUAACUCUCACACCACUGCUGGUGAGGUUGUUGAAAAAUUAAUUCGAGGUUUGGGCAUGGAAGACAGCAGAAAUAUGUUUGCCUUGUUUGAAUACAAUGGAAUUACCAAUAAAGCCAUUGAAAGUAGAACUGUUGUGGCUGAUGUCUUGGCAAAGUUUGAAAAGAUUGGUGCCACUUCAGAAGGUGACCAUGCAGCAUGGAAAUUUUAUUUCAAACUCUACUGCUUCCUAGACAUUGAGCAUGUACCAAAAGAUAGUGUGGAAUUUGCAUUUAUGUUUGAGCAGGCACAUGAAGCCAUGAUUCAGGGCCAUUUCCCAGCUCCUGAAGAAACCCUCCAGGUCCUUGCCGCCUUGCGACUCCAAUAUUUACAAGGGGACUAUUCUUCAUCUAAUGUUACAGUACCAGAAAUGGAAGAUGUCUACCCCUUGCAGAGGCUGAAGUCUCGUAUUGUUCAAUCCACUAAAAUUUUUGUGCCAACAGAGAGGUUUGAGAGGAAGCGGAACAACUUUCUGGAAGGGACUCUAAGGAGGAGUUUCCGGAGCAGUUCUAUUACUAAGCAGAAGAUGGAAGAGGAUCAGAUGCUUAAUAUGUGGAUUAGGGAAGAGAUCUCUGCAGCCAGGACUAGUAUGCUUGAUAAAUGGAAAAAAAUGCAGGGAAUGACUCAAGAGCAAGCAAUGGCAAAGUACAUGAAUUUAAUUAAGGAAUGGCCUGGCUAUGGGUCAACGCUCUUUGAUGUAGAGUGUAAAGAAGGAGGAUUUCCUCAAGAGCUUUGGUUGGGCGUUAAUGCAGAGGCAGUUUCUGUAUACAAGCGUGGAGACGGAAGACCAUUGGAAGUAUUUCAGUAUGAACAUAUUCUCUCCUUUGGAGCUCCACUUGCUAAUGUGUACAAGAUUGUGGUGGAUGACAGAGAACUGCUUUUUGGAACCAGUGAGGUCAUUGAUAUUGCCAAACUGAUGAAAGCCUAUAUUAGCAUGAUUGUGAAAAAACGUUACAGCACAUCUCGAUCAGUGAGUAGUCACGGAAGUCAAAGCAGCUGCAGGUGAAGUCAGAGAAUCUGUCUUGUUUGGCCCUCGCUGUUGGAACAUGUCUACGCUUUCUCCAAAAAUGGUGAUCAGCACCUCUUCCAGGAGAAUUGGAACAAGCUUAUAAAGUGCUUUCAUAUUCCCAUACUCAACAUGUGCUUAUGAACAUCAAUCCACGAAAACAUUUUUUUUACCUCUAGAAUAACAUACUCCAUGCCUUAAUACACUGUCUUCUGAGCAGUAAGAAGUGCCUUAAAACGUGUAAGCCCAACUGCAUCGACCUAUGCUAUAUUAGUAAAGGGGUCGUGUAUCUGAAUAAACCACUUAGGAUAGUAAAGAGAACGUAAUACGGCCAUUUUUGCACUAACUGGCUGGUUCAUUCAUGAAAAAGAAAAUUUUGUGUUGGAAUGCUGCAGGCAGCUUUCUUUACGGACUUUACUGGGCAAUGUUGUAUUUUCCCCCUCUCCCACAACCUUUCGUACGUGUGCAUGGAUACAAUUCAGGUCAAUUCUGCUAACUAUUCCAUGUUUCAUACACUUUUAAAAUUAAAAGGGAAUAAUAAUGUGCAAUGGUGUAAACAGUCUUUCUGUAUAUUUUAAUAAUUCAGAGCUAUAAUUGUCUCAAUGGUAGAAUGUCUUUUAUUAGGCUAGCUUUAUUUACAAAUUUGGCAAAUUUUUCAUAGCAAUUUUUGUACUUUCUUUCAGAGAUAUUUUUUCGCCCUUUGGUACAUAUACAUAACACAUCUAUGUUUCUGUACUGCUGUAUUUAAUUCAUGUAGUUGAAAUAAAUUGUAUUUAUAGACUACCCGUAAUAUGGAAAUGCCAUUACCAGCACAAUAUUCAAUCAUUUGUCUUCAGUCUAUGAGGCUGUUUUUAAAAAUAGUAAACAUUUAUUUUAAAAGCAUUGCUUUCGUGGAAUUUUUGUCUGCUGGGUUUACUGUUUACUAAUUGUGAAACUUUCUGUAAAAGAAACCUGAUUUGAUGUCAGGUUGAGGAAGCUAAUACAUAUAUUCUACAUAUGAUUAAAUUAGUACAUAAUUCUUCACCUUCUUCCAGUCAUAGUGGCUUCCAAUAUAUAUACGGUAUUAGGAGGUUUUUUAAAGCUUCAGUUCCAUGUCCUGUUUUUCUAUAGUACAGGAUACUUGAUGUGAUUUACAGUAGUAAAACAUCUUACAGAAAACUCAAAACGGCAAAAUCCUCAAGACAGUAACAGUAGUCCAACGAAAUGAUACAAACUAUGCACACACAUUUCUCUUCUGUACCUGAUAACUCAAUAGUUGAUACAGUCAUUAGCAAUGGAGUCAACAGUUAUUUGCUUUUAUUUUGUCCCAUAACUACUGUUCUUUAUGCAAUACACUAAAUAAAAUACAAAAUAAAACAAUAGUAAAUAAAAACCAAGCUAAAAAGUUCAGCCUCUGAGUUAAAGACAGCCAACAGUAACAAAAAGUAAUAUACAACACAUGAAUAACAGUAAAAAUCUCAACAAAUAAUAUGAAUGUGCACACAGUAUUAAAACACAUUUAUGUCAGGUUUGAGAAAUUAACUGUGGAAAGGACUAUCAUAUAUGCCCUCCCAAGUCUUUACAUGAAAUGCUUUAUAAACAUCAUUUACAUCUCUCUCACGUCUCCCCUUGUAAACAGGAAAGAAAGAUGGAAAGAUAGCCUUAGCCACCUGAACAUUACAAAUUAGGUCCACCUUUAGGGCUUUGGGGAAAAAUACUACGACUUCUUUCUUUGAAGGCAGAGGUGUGUGUGUUUAAGAAUGCUAGAAAUAGAUAUUCUCCCCAUUCUGUUUUUUUCAGGAUUAACACAGUUUGGAGAGAAUACCUUGUCAUCCUACCCUGUUGAAGGAAAUUUUAUCUCUAGAAAUUUUAUAAGAAAACCUAUUUUUCAAGGCACCAGAGUCUUUGGGGAGACAUUUUUGGGAACAGAACAAGGGCACAAUCCACUUCACCUGAUUAAAAGAGGCUAAGUCUAGAAGUGCUGAAAGCAACAUAAAUAGAUCUAGAAGUCUUGAUUGAUUAACAAGUGGCCAGUUUUCUUUUGCUGGACAAGAUACUUGAAUUGUGAUGGCUGAUCAGAUAUGGGCAUAUUGAAUUACAUUUCUUUUCUAGAGCAUUUCAAUCAGGGAUUAGCCCUUUAUGGAAGACAUAGGAAGAACAUCAUUCUAUUGAACCAUCUGGACCUCUCAGAUAAUUUUCAAUGUUAUGAAUCAUGGCACUCAUCAAGGCAGGUUACUAAGUCAUAGGGAGAACAGUCUGAAUAUAUUUGGAAUCCCAUAUUCAGAAGAUAGUCCAAGAACAUUCUUCUUUGAUUUAAAGGUAUUUUAUUCAAUUUUGUGGCAUUUUGGUGGUGUUUUAGUUUAUCCUAUAUUCCUUUAACAUCUACAAGAAUUAACUGCGAUUUGGAGGUGCUUACAAUACACAGCUCUUUCUCCUUUUCACUGGAUCCAUAUGAGGCAAGUGCUAAAUUAAUGUAUAGUUAUAGCUGUGGUCUUUUUUUCCCCUUGUGUCAACAAAACUAUUGGUUUCUGGAAAAGUAGUACAAGAAAUAUCCCAAGAAUAGAUCCACUAAUACAUUGCAAUAGACUAGUCAAGAAAUCACCAAAUGAUUUAAAUGAGAUGUUCAAAAAAAAUCUAUAUCCCAGUCAUUUAACAGCAUUUAGUAACUGGCACAAUUACGCAUAUCAAACUGUUUAUAAUCUGGGCUUUAGAUUCCAGAAUUUUCUGUAGGGUUGAGAAAUAGACCAUCUUAAAAUAAUCAUAAUGGAAGGAUGCUUUAUUUGGAGUGGGAGAUCAGCAUUCUCUGGCUCCCCCUGAAAUAUUCUGAUAACAAUUUAAUUGCUACUUUAACAGGUAAUACUAAAACAGGAAAUUUAAAUUUUUUCAUGCUUGUUGGAAGUGAGUUUUUAUAUAAGUGGUCCCCAAGAAAGUCCUAUCUUACCAAAGUCAACAAUUUAGAUAGCAACUGAGAAAGAUAACAUGUUUAUUUAAGAUUAAAAGAUAUACAAAAGUUAUGAAGGGUACAUUUGGCACUCAUAGUACUAAAGGGGUAGAGAAAGAUGAGUGUUUCCCAUUUAAGCUAUAUCUGUAUCAGGUUAUAAUCUUUAAUGUAAAGUCACGUACUAUAGAUUGGAUCCAAAGGUGGAGGAGUAAUCUUGAAUUUGCAUUAAGGAAAAACUUGCUCAAAAAACACAAGUUUUUCAUUUUCAGCUUUCAAACCCUAUUUCCAUUCUUAGAAAAGUCAUAUAUCUCUGCUUAUAAGUGGAAAAUGGAAAUAUUACAAUAAAGAGAUGGAGUUAUCAAAGGUUUUAUACUAUGGUUCAAAAUGGAGAUUAAAAUACAAUCAGUGGAACAUGUAUAUAGCAUGUUUUUCACAAAGUAAAUAAGGCACACACUACAGAAUGUCUUUGCAAAUUUUGAUUGCUGAAUAUAAAGAAAAUGUUUGGACAUACACUUUUUUUUCUCUAGAUGCAACUUUAAAUUCUGACACAAAAUGUUGGAUUUGCUUAUUCAUUUAAGAAAAUUUAGAUGGCCAUCCAACUCUCAAUGAUUCCAGAUGGCUUAUUCCAAAAAUCAAAUUUUCUUUUAGCCUUUUAAAAGUAGUAACCUAUCACACAAUUAACAAUUAUAUUUAUCAUUUUAAUAAAAUUUACAGGUCCUGAAAAAGUUUGAUUCAGCUGUGUCUUUGGUACUCUGUAAAUAAAUCUUUUAAUUAUAGAUUUUAUUUCUUUUUGAGCAAAGAAAAACACUUUCAGAACUUCAUGUUAAUUAGAAUACUUUAUCUUAAUGGGAAAAAGCUGCCGUUCCAGUAAGAAAUAAAAGGGGCUUUCAAGUAAGCUCCACUGGGUUGGAACUGAUCUCAUAAUUUGACUGGUAGUCAUCUCAAUUUUCUGCAGCCAUUUGAUAUCUUACGGCAAUGGCUGUAUGAUAUUAGAU